CCGCCGCCUGGAGGGAAGUCGGAACGGCGGGGGUCACGGCGGGGGUCAGAGGGUAAAGGUCUUGCUCCCAGCAGCCUCCGCGGUGGAUACGUCGCCAUCUUGGAUCCGCGGGACAAGAAAAUUCAUGCGAGGGAGAACUGGUGGGCGGUCCUUCCUGUGACACGACCCUUGAGUGACAGUUCUAUUUGAUUGCCUCCAGUACUGUGAGGAAAGGACACGACUCUAUGGUGAGGACUGAUGGACAUACAUUAUCUGAGAAAAGAAACUACCAGGUGACAAACAGCAUGUUUGGUGCUUCAAGAAAGAAGUUUGUAGAGGGGGUCGACAGUGACUACCAUGACGAAAACAUGUACUACAGCCAGUCUUCUAUGUUUCCACAUCGGUCAGAAAAAGAUAUGCUGGCAUCACCAUCUACAUCAGGUCAGCUGUCUCAGUUUGGGGCAAGUUUAUACGGGCAACAAAGUGCACUAGGCCUUCCAAUGAGGGGGAUGAGCAACAAUACCCCUCAGUUAAAUCGCAGCUUAUCACAAGGCACUCAGUUACCGAGCCACGUCACGCCAACAACAGGGGUACCAACAAUGUCACUUCACACGCCUCCAUCUCCAAGCAGGGGUAUUUUGCCUAUGAAUCCUAGGAAUAUGAUGAACCACUCCCAGGUUGGUCAGGGCAUUGGAAUUCCUAGCAGGACAAAUAGCAUGAGCAGUUCAGGGUUAGGUAGCCCCAACAGAAGCUCGCCGAGCAUAAUAUGUAUGCCAAAGCAGCAGCCUUCUCGACAACCUUUUACUGUGAACAGUAUGUCUGGAUUUGGAAUGAACAGGAAUCAGGCAUUUGGAAUGAAUAACUCCUUAUCAAGUAACAUUUUUAAUGGAACAGAUGGAAGUGAAAAUGUGACAGGAUUGGACCUUUCAGAUUUUCCAGCAUUAGCAGACCGAAACAGAAGGGAAGGAAGUGGUAACCCAACUCCAUUAAUAAACCCCUUGGCUGGAAGAGCUCCUUAUGUUGGAAUGGUAACAAAACCAGCAAAUGAGCAAUCCCAGGACUUCUCAAUACACAAUGAAGAUUUUCCAGCAUUACCUGGUUCCAGUUAUAAAGAUCCAACAUCAAGUAAUGAUGACAGUAAAUCUAAUUUGAAUACAUCUGGCAAGACAACUUCAAGUACAGAUGGACCCAAAUUCCCUGGAGAUAAAAGUUCAACAACACAAAAUAAUAACCAGCAGAAAAAAGGGAUCCAGGUGUUACCUGAUGGUCGGGUUACUAACAUUCCCCAAGGGAUGGUGACGGACCAAUUUGGAAUGAUUGGCCUGUUAACAUUUAUCAGGGCAGCAGAGACAGACCCAGGAAUGGUACAUCUUGCAUUAGGAAGUGACUUAACAACAUUAGGCCUCAAUCUGAACUCUCCCGAAAAUCUCUACCCCAAAUUUGCAUCACCCUGGGCAUCUUCACCUUGUCGACCUCAAGACAUAGACUUCCAUGUUCCAUCUGAGUACUUAACGAACAUUCACAUUAGGGAUAAGCUGGCUGCAAUAAAACUUGGCCGAUACGGAGAAGACCUUCUUUUCUAUCUCUAUUACAUGAACGGAGGAGACGUAUUACAACUUUUAGCUGCAGUAGAGCUUUUUAACCGUGAUUGGAGAUACCACAAAGAAGAACGAGUAUGGAUUACCAGGGCACCAGGCAUGGAGCCAACAAUGAAAACCAAUACAUAUGAGAGGGGAACAUAUUACUUCUUUGACUGUCUUAACUGGAGGAAAGUAGCUAAGGAGUUCCAUCUGGAAUAUGACAAAUUAGAAGAACGGCCUCACCUGCCAUCCACCUUCAACUACAACCCUGCUCAGCAAGCCUUCUAAAAAAAGACUUCCCUUUUCUUGGGGUAUGGCUGUCUCAGCACAAUACUCAACAUAACUGCAGAACUGAUGUGGCUCAGGCACCCUGGUUUUAAUUCCUUGAGGAUCUGGCAAUUGGCUUACGCAAAGGGUCACCAUUUGAGGUCCUGCCUUACUAAUUAUGUGCUGCCCAACAACUAAAUUUGUAAUUUGUUUUUCUCUAGUUCGAGCAGGGUCUGAAUUUUUUUUCAUUUAUUUUCUUUUUUUUUUUUUUUUUGCCAGCAGACAGACUUGGGUCUGUAAAGACAAGCAAGUACACUGACAGAAGUUUACCAUUUAGUUUCUAAAAUGUAAAAAAAGAAAACCCACAAGAGACUCAACAGAAUUAGACCACAAAAUUUGCAUUGUUCAUUGUAGCACUAUUGGUAAUAAAAUAACAAAUGUUUGUGCAUUUUUAUGUGAAGAUCCUUCUCGUAUUUCAUUUGGAAAGAUGAGCAAGGUCUGCUUCCUUCAUUUUACUUCCCCUUCUGUUUUUGAAAGGCAGUUUCGCCAAGCUUAACGCAAGAAUAUCUGACUGUUUAGAAGAAAGAUAUUGCCACAAUCUCUGGAUGGUUUCCAGGGUUGUGUUAUUACUGAGCUUCAUCUUUCCAGAAUGAGCAAAACACUGUCCAGUCUUUGUUACGAUUUUGUAAUAAAUGUGUACAUUUUUUUUAAAUUUUUGGACAUCACAUGAAUAAAGGUAUGUAUGUACGAAUGUGUAUAUAUUAUAUAUAUGACAUCUAUUUUGGAAAAUGUUUGCCCUGCUGUACCUCAUUUUUAGGAGGUGUGCAUGGAUGCAAUAUAUGAAAAUGGGACAUUCUGGAACUGCUGGUCAGGGGACUUUGUCGCCCUGUGCACUAAAGGGCCAGAUUUUCAGCAGCCAAGGACAUCCAUACCCAAGUGAAUGUGAUGGGACUUAAAGAAGUGAACUGAGACAAUUCACUCUGGCUGUUUGAACAGCAGCGUUUCAUAGGAAGAGAAAAAAAAGAUCAAUCUUGUAUUUUCUGACCACAUAAAGGCUUCUUCUCUUUGUAAUAAAGUAGAAAAGCUCUCCUCA